UGAAGACACUAUGGAUCAAAUAUCACACAAAUAUGUAAAUGUCAACGGGCUAAAACUGCAUGUAGCUGAAAUUGGGUUGGAUUCCUCACCGGCUGUGAUUUUCCUUCAUGGGUUCCCAGAGAUAUGGUACACUUGGCGGUAUCAGAUGAUUGCAGUCGCAAAGGCAGGUUUCAGAGUUAUUGCACCUGAUUUCAGAGGAUAUGGUCUUUCCGAUGAGCCAGCUGAACCCGAAAAGGCCUCGUUUAAUGAUCUUAUCAUUGAUACCGCUGCUAUCCUUGAUUCACUUGGUAUUUCUAAGGUAUUUGUCGUUGGAAACGAUUUUGGAGCAGUCGUAGCUUACCCAUUAGCCCUUCUCUACCCUGAGAAAGUUGUUGGAAUCAUAACACUCGGAAUUCCAUUUAUGCCUCCUGGUGCCUUCACGAAUCAUUUUUCCCUUCCAGAGGGCUUCUACCCUCGAAGAUGGCAGGAACCUGGGAGAGCUGAAGCUGAUUUUGGUCGCUUUGAUAUCAAAACUGUGGUGAGAAACAUAUACAUAUUGUUUUCACAAAGCGAAUUACAGAUAGCCAGUGAAAACCAGGAGAUAAUGGAUUUGGUGAAACCGUCAAGUCCUCUGCCCGCUUGGUUCACAGAGGAGGAUCUUGAAGUUUAUGCAAAGUUGUAUGAGAACUCUGGGUUUCGAACUCCACUUCAAGUUCCCUAUAGGUCAAUUGACACGAUUGGGUCAGAGGUGAAAGAUCCUAAAGUAGAAGUUCCAACAUUGUUAAUCUUCGGUGAAGCAGAUUAUGUGCUAAAAAUUCCUGGAAUACAUGAGUAUGUAACAAGUGGGGAGGUGAAGAAAUAUGUACCGAAACUAGAAACAAUAUAUGUGCCUCAUGGAUCUCAUUUCAUUCAGGAGCAAUUCCCCGACCACGUGAACCAACUUAUCCUCACUUUCCUCAAUGGCAACUACAAUCUUGCGUCAAUUUAGCUCAUUUACAUGAGACUAAAACGGUCACGGUGAAAGUUAUCUAAAUGUUACAUAUUGUGUCGCUUUAACUUUGAUGUAAGUUAUUCAAUAAGAAAGUACUUUACAGAGGGAUAGAUUUGUAUAACUGGUAUUUUAGAACAUGUAGUUUUUGUUUCACGGCUGUCUAAUGAAAGGUUAAUCAACCCGUCUAUUAAAA